UUAUGACUUUUGUGUUGGGCUGGGCUGAACGUGUUUGUUUUGGGUGCCAGUACAGUGAUAUUUACAAUAAUCAAACUGAAUUCCAUACUUAAUUCGUGACCUUAGUGUAGUGGGAACCCUUCGGCACAGGUAUGGCAGUGGUAUUGAAAGCUUCAUGACAAUAAGUACGAGAGGGAAUGAGCCGGCAUAGAACUCUGAUGCCAUCUUUUCUACGCCUUCCUUCUCCAACCCAUUAGCUUAUUUGAAGAUGAAGAAACAGUUCUUCCGUGUGAAGCAGUUGGCUGAUCAGACCUUUUCUAGAGCUGGAAAAACAGAAGUGCUGUCAGACGAUUUAAUAGAAGCAGACCGAAGAGUAGACUACAUACGAACAGCAUGUCAGAAUACAGGGAAGAAACUGACCAACUGUUUCCCCUAUCAAGGACAAGAGAUCGACAAAAGGGUCAAAAAGAUUCCAGAAUACAUCCUAGGAGCUGCGAUGCAAGAAAGUGGGACAGGUGAUAGUUGCCUUUUAGGAAAUAUUCUUCAACGGUGUGGCGAAGUCGAACAGGACCUGGCAAACUUGCUUGUCAGCUAUGAAGUGGGCGUUGAAAAGGCUGUGAUAGAACCUCUACAGAAUGUGAUAGAUGUGGAUAUUCCUAAUAUCAGUAAACAUAAACGGAAUUUGGCAAAACUCACAUUGGACAUGGAUGCUGCAAAAACUAGGUAUCAAAACUCAGUGAAGCAUGCGAACACAAAUGCACGCUUAGAUUCCAUAAAGGAUGAAAUGGAAGAGGCUGAAUUGAAAGUGGAACAGUGCCGCGAUGCUCUUGCAGCGGAGAUGUUCCAGUUCAUUUCAAGGGAGGCUGAAAUUGCUCAGAUGGUUGUUGAAUAUGCAAGGCACAAACGUGAUUUUCAUGAAAAGGCUCUCAAAUGUUUAGAGGACGUUAUACCAGCAUUAGAGGCUACUAUUCAGGAAAGUGACAUCAAGCCUGUGUACUCGCAGCCUCUAGAGGAGCACCUGCGCAUCACGCACCGUAAGAUAGCACUGCCUAUUGAGUUGUGUGUUUGUGCGCUGCUGGAGCUGGGUAUGGCAGAAGAGGGUCUCUUCAGGGUUGCUGCAGGUAUGUCAAAAGUUCGGCGCAUGAAGUUGAGCCUAGAUGCUGGUUUGAUGAAGCUGGAGACAGCGGUAGAAUAUGGUGACCCUCAUGUUGUCGCUGGUGCACUGAAGUGCUACCUGAGGGAACUCCCGGAGCCACUCAUGACAUACAAAUUGUAUGAUGAGUGGAUUGCAGCCUCGAAAGUUCAGAACCAGGAGAUACGCUUACAAGAGUUGUGGAAAGUAGUCCAGAAGCUUCCGACAGCGAAUUUUGACAAUUUACACUACCUCAUUAAGUUCCUUUCUCAUCUGUCACGCAAUCACGCUCUAAACAAGAUGACGCCACAAAAUAUUGCAAUUGUUAUUGCUCCAAAUCUUAUGUGGGACAGUGAGACUGACGCAAAUACUGUCGGAAUGAAUAUGAACUCGGCCAAUAUCCACAGCAGUGUUGUGGAUAGCUUGGUCACGUACGCUGAUUAUUUCUUCCCCGGAGAACUUGACUUCUACCAGACAUUUUCGAGGGAACCCACAGGUGGCGUAAAUGGUGGAAUGUCCCUGAGUGUAGGUAGUGGUGCUGUGUUCCAGAACAGCAUUCAGUCUUCCGCGUCUACAACUGCUACAGGGAUAACUUAUGGGCAUGUACGGAGCAGCAGUGGUGAAAGCCAAAACAUCACCUUGGGUGAUACGACAGGUGGCCUGAAGCGGGCACAGUCUAGCAGCAGCCUGUCUGACCACAGCAGCCCACCUCAAGGGAGUCCAAAGCCAAUAACACGACGGAAGAAUAAACCUGCACCAAUACCACCAGCUGCUGUGAGUCGGGAGCACCCAGAAAAGCCACCACGACCAACUGUUGCACCACCACCCGUGGUUUCAACGCUGCCACGACCAGCUAAGAAACCGUUGUUACCAGAACCGCCUCCGCCACCACCGGCGACAACCGCCUCCAGGCGGAGCCUCGACCUAGAACAUGCAGCGCCAUUGGCGCAGCCCGAGGAGGUGACACCUCCGCCCGUGACGGAAGUGUCGCAGCCUCUGUCUGCUACUGGUGGAGGCCACACUACGACUGUCACUGUCACUGCAGGUAGCAUUGGUAAGGUUUCCAUCCUUUCGGAUCACCAGCUCCACCUGCAGCCACAUCUGCAGCACCAACAGCAGCAACAACAGAAGGUGACAGUGAAUUGCAGUGAUAGUAACAUGAGCACCCUCGACAGGAAGCACUUGCAGAGACCUGUCGCUGCCCCACGUACCUCUGUAGUCAGUGUAAAUACUUCUGUAGACUGUGUCCCUGGCACUGCAGAAUCACACACUUUAUUCUCAUCAUCACCACCCAAAUCCAACUCAGAAACGGUGGGUGUAAAUAGUUCCACUUCGGCGGAUGGAAGUGUGACACUGAGAAAAGUGCCUGUAAGUGACAUUUGUGAAAAAUCAUCCAAACCGGUUGUGCCUGAACGACCUGCUUCCCUGUUGCGGCCACAUGCAGCUUCUUUCCGUGCUACUAAGCAUUCUGAUGGUGAUAUUUCUUCUGUCGAAAAAGCAAAUUCAGAAUCUUCAGAGCGCCCCAUGCUUGAACGUGCCCAUCUGUACUCAGUAGACAAGCAGCAAGUGUCUAUAAUACAAGUGGGAAGUGAAAGGUUGCCACAAGAGAGCCCAUUGUUUCGUGGUAGGACAUCGUCUCUAACAGAUAGAGAUCAGUGCCCAGAAAGGCCUCAAAGACCCUCAAAAACUGAGGAAGUUUAUAGCAACGUGGAGAAAGAAAACGGAGAAUCUAGUUAUCCCAGUACACUCUCGAAAGGAAAUGACGUCAGUCUCCACAGUGACCCAUCUGUGAGCUGUACUGAAUCGACAGUGAGUUCUCUCAAACCACCAACAAAGCCACCAAGACCUGGACCUCCACCUCCACAGCCACCACCUCGCAGAGACAGCAUAGAGAGCACAGAUCUUUGACAUUGAUUUCAAGAGCUUGCAGGAAGCUCAUCUGCCUUAUACCAAAUGAAGCAUUUGUAACCAUCAAAAGCAUUUUUUUACGUUCAUAAUGUAUAUGGGUAAUAUAAAAUAUAAACGAAGCAAACCACAAAAAGAUCCAGCAUGAUAGCAAAGACUCAGGAACUUUGGUGCAGACCGUUGUUGUACCCUUCUGUUUCAUUGUAACUUGUAAAUUAGCGAUGUAACAUAUUGAACACAACUGAGGUUGGUUACUAUAGAAAACUGUACCCCGAAAGAAUGUUAAAAGAACUGUAUAUUUAUGAAUGUAAAGUAGUUCAAAUUUGUAGUUUCUUUGCAUAUAUACUGUGAUUAUAAUUUAAUAUCUUUUUGUAAAAUACAUCUCUUUUUGUGGAUGUGUCCUAUGCAAUCUGACUGGAUAACAGUAUUUAUCCUAUAAAUACUGAAUGUGAUAUGUGCAAUUAUUGUCUUAUAUAAAAUUUUAUUUUGUAUUAGUUUAAAGUUUCUUUUCUGACUCCCAUAGUGGUUGUAUUACACUGCAAGACUGUUUACACUAAUGAAUGUCAUUUAUAAUGAGUCAUUUUACACAUUGUUAAUUUAAUGUGUAUGGACAUUUGAUGGCUAUUUUAAAUUAAAUAUGGCAUUUUUGUAGGGAGUAGGUCUUUUUAGUCAUAUAACAAAUGACCCUUAUGUAAACAAUCUUAAAGAAGUCUAGAAAGGAAACUUUCAAUAAAUAUUUUUGUUAUGCAUUUAUUAGCAACUACAGGAGCUCAAAAAAUUUUGUUUGAAGUGGAAGCUUGUAAAUUUGUGUGUUUGUUUAUUAGAAAAAACUAAUUUGCUCAUAUUUCUUGUGUGUGGUUGAACAUACCCAGCAAUAUCCUCCAUCCUAUCUGACUUCACUAAUUCCAGAGCUGCAGUUAACUUGACAGGCAAUGCUAAUUCCCAGUGCGUUCUUUUAGAAGUACAUUGUUAUAGAAUGUAAUACUAUGAAAACUUAAAUUUAAAAUUUGGACUUUAGGUUCAUCUCAGGAGACUGUGUGCUUGCAUAGAAAAUGUGCUGCUCGUAUAUGGAAGUAAUAUCAACAUUGCAACUCCAGAUAAUUGUGGAAAUGAGAUGUCACUUGUGAACUGCAAGAAGAGCCCAAAUAAAGUUCAUGCAACAUUUAUUAUUUCCUCAAAAUCCAAGAAAAUGUUGGACUGGCGCACGCAUUCUACAUAAUUAUCUGAUUGCAGUUCCUUUCUGCACUGAUAGUGAUACCUUGGACAACUGCAUGGUCCCCUUUGACCAUGCAGUAUUGCACAAGGAUACCAGGUGCAAGGUAGGUUGAUGGAGUCAACCGAACUGACAAUCAACAUGGCCUCUUUAAAAGGUAGCUCUUGGUUGCAAGGUUGAAAUUAAGGAUGACCCUAUGAUGAAAUGAGUACUGAUUAAGGUGCUGUCUCUGCCCCCCCCCCCCCUCCCCUCUGUGGCAGGGCUUUAGUCUGGAUGUAGAUAACAAAGAAAGAAAAAGCGAAAACAAGAACCUCUGAUUUGCAGAUUGCAGACUAGUUACGAGUGAUACUUAAAUCUGGUUGUUGAACAACAUAUUAUGAGAACAUAUAUGUUAGACAGAAGACAGGAAUAGCAUGUAGGGUCAAAAUCUAAUGUGUGCUGUCGGUUAAUGUUAUUUGGAUCAAGCUGAUUCCAGACAGUGAAGGCUGAUUUGUUGGCCAGUGAAGCAGGGACAGGGAAUAUUAGAUGUUUGGGAUGUUAUUCCUUGACCUGGAAUUGCAGGCAACAUCAGAUAUUUGUAGCCUGAGGGGACUUUGAUGAAGCCAGUUCCCAGCAUAGCACAUAACAGCUUUGGGAAGAAUUAUGCAUACACGGAAUUUUCCCUUUUGUAGGAUCAGUAGCUGGCAGAAGUGGCACUGUCACUUUUGAGUUGCUCAACCUUGGUGGUGGGAGAGGGGUAGAGAUUAAUAAAGAAGCUGAUCUGGCAGGUGUCAUAGUUACUGCCCACUGAUGUCCCACAAGCCUUCUGGAUAACUAUUCUCCAGAGACUGACAGUGGUAGUUGUUUUGUAGCAUAAAACACUUCGUUUCCAAGAAAGAACUGAUUAAUUUCACUGUUAAGAAAUCAUCAGCUAUCUUUAAGGACCAUGUCUCUUAAUCCAUACUUCUUGAUACUGUUGACUGGUGACAUCUUCCUUGAAGUACAAUGUGCAAAGAGUUUUAAAAUACCAUUCUGCUUUGUUGUUGUAUCACUCCCUUUAAAAUCGAUAAUUGUAUAUUCCGACUCUCAGUAUAUUACAAAGUAUUCAAUUUCACUUCAUUUAAUCAGUAUAAGAUAUGCAUCACUUUGUGUUCUGAUAUUAUGAAGUAGUGAGCCAAUAUGUUUCUGUAAACGGAAUAAUAUAUUCUGAAUAUACAUUUGAAAAUUUAAGAGUAGAAGUGGAAAUAAUUUCUUCUAAUUGAAACAAGUUUAAUUUACAGCUUCACCAUUGUACAUGCCGCCUGAGCUUCUAUUUGUACGGAAAAAGUGCCUUUCCACUUUGCUAUUUUGUUCCUGUUGUUGAAAAAGUCAAGUAUAGCAUUUAAAGAAACAAUUCUCUCUUUUUAUUGUCUAAAAUAGUACUAUGGCCAACUUUUUUAAAUAUGUUAUGUGCCUCUCUAAAUACUAAUGUAAGGACAAUAAGCUGUUUGCUGAAUACUCUGGCAGUACUGUAUGUAAAAUGCCACACAUUUAUAAAUUCUCUAGAUUCCAUGUCACUUACGAAUAACGGUUUUAUGAUGGUUGUCCUUUGAUAUUGUUCUAGAAUAAAGAUGUGUGGUGUUAACA